CAAAUCGGCACUUUCGGUAUGUUUACGAAAAAGAAAGAUCACAGAUCAAAGCAAAAUUUUAUAAACAGAUUCUAAUUUACAAUUCUUACACUCUUUGGGCGUAAUACAUGCACAAGAAAUUUUACUGCUAUUGAACAAAUUACAGAAGAGUGAAAAAACAUGCCGCCGGCAAAGGACAUCGACGACAAUAGCGAUGCCGAGUCUGAAGGAGGAAAAGGGUCCAGUGAUUCAAGUGGAUCGAGCGACAGCAGUCGCAGUGCGUCCCCUGAAGUUCCAGCAAACCAAGGUCCUCCACGACGCGCCGGUUCAUCUGCUGCAAGCUCCCCAGCAGGAAACAAGAGUGGCUCUUCAGCAAAUAGCAGUCCGAGAAAUAAUUCUGGAUCUGACGCAGAAAAAAGCAGAGCCUCGUCUCCCGCAGGUUCAGCACAAAACAGUGGUAAAGGAAGUCCAGCUGGAAGUAGGGACGCGAGUCCUCAGAGUGGAAGGAACAGUCGGGCUUCAAGUAAAUCUGGCAGCGGCUCAAACAGGAGCGGAAGCGGCAGUCGCAGUGGCAGUGCAGCCAGCAAAAGGAGCCGCAGUGGAAGUGGCAGCCCAGCGAGCAGAAAGAGCGGAAGUGCUACAAGUGGGAAGAGCAGAAGUGCUAGUCCCGCCAGCAGAAAAAGCCGCAGUGCCAGUCCUGCUAGUAGGAGGAGCGGAAGUGCCGCAAGCAAAAAGAGUGGCAGCAGAUCCAGGAGCGGCUCGGCUCGUUCAAGGUCAGGCAGUGGUUCCAGAAGGUCUAGGAGCGGAAGUGCUCAGUCUGGAUCACGAAAGUCCAGGAGCAGAAGUGGAUCUAGGGCCAGUGCGAGUCCUAAGUCUCGAGGUUCUCGAAGCGGAAGUGCUAAGAGCAGCGACUCAGGAGCUGAAGGGAAAAAGAAAGCAACUAAAAGGAAGCGUGCUGUUCUAAGUGACGACAGUGGCUCAGAUGCUGAUGCAAAUAAACGCCAAGAAAAGGCUGGUUCCAGUAGUGGAGAGGAAAACGAUGCUACUGCUGCUGCUCUUUUUGGUGACGCUGACGACAUCAGCUCAGACGAAGAUGCUCCGAAAACAUCUGCUCCAAAAGAAAAAGGCAGUGAUGAUGAAGACGAACCACCCCAAGAAAGACGCAGUCCAGCUGGAAGUGGUGCAGAAGAGGAGGACAAAGAGAAGGAAAGAGGGGAUGAUGAGGUUGAAGAAAGAAGGGAAGAGGAGGAGGAACUACCCCCUCCUGAGACAGUCAUUGAGGUCGACAUUCCCAAAAUCACCACGGAUCUUGGCAAAGAGCUUCAUUUUGUCAAACUCCCCAACUUCUUGUCAGUUGAAACCAGACCUUUUGACCCACAGACUUAUGAGGAUGAAAUAGACGAGGAAGAAACACUUGAUGAAGAGGGCAGAGCUAGGCUUAAGUUGAAAGUGGAAAAUACCAUCAGGUGGAGGGAUUACUUUGCAGAAGACGGAUCGGUCCAGAAAGAGAGCAAUGCUCGUUUUGUUCGGUGGUCAGACGGCAGCAUGUCGCUUCACUUGGGUUCUGAAAUUUUUGACGUCUACAAACAGCCCUUGCAGGGCGACCACAACCACUUGUUUAUCCGUCAAGGAACUGGUCUUCAAGGCCAAGCUGUUUUCCGCACGAAGCUCAGCUUCCGUCCCCAUUCGACCGAGUCAUUUACCCAUCGCAAGAUGACCCUUUCAUUGGCCGAUAGAUCUCAGAAGGUUUCAGGAAUUAAAGUUUUGUCAACAGUUGGAAAGGAUCCUGACGCACACAGAACGGAGAUGAUCAAGAAAGAAGAGGAGAGAUUGAGAGCUUCAAUGCGGCGUGAGAGCAAACAAAAGCGAGUCAGAGAAAGAGGAACAAGCAGGGGACUCAGCGCCAACUACUUGGAGCCUGAUCACGAGGAUGGAUCUGACGACGAAAAUGCCAUUUCACUGGCUGCUAUCAAAAAGAAGUACAAACAAGGAGGAAAAGAGAGGCAGAACAUUUACUCGUCGGACGACGAUGACUCGGACAUUGAAACAAGGAAAGGUGCCAAAGCAACUCGAGCUAAAGCGCUUCGUGAAUCUGACGACGAGGAAGAGGGAGGUGAGGAAGGCUCUGGAGCAUCAGGUGGCUCCGACAACGACUCUGGCUCGGAUUAAGAUUUUGAUAAUUGAAAUAAAUUUUGAUUUUAUCUUUGAAAUGAGAA